CCUCCCCACCCCGCCGGCUCAGAAAAAGCUCGGCCUCGCUGGUGCAUCCGCUGCGGGAGCCCUCCCGGGCAGCCGUGCAGGAUGGUGGCGUGCAGCCUGGCCUGCUGGCGCUGCAGGUGGCUCCUGCCCCUGCUGCUGGGCCUGGCCAUCAUCAUGGGCAUCAUCGCGCUGGCCGGUCGGGGCUGGCUGGAGUCGGAGUCGGAGCCCUACGUGCAACAAGCGUCGCUGUGGGAGAGCUGCACGCGGGGCGAGCAGGACCUCAACUGGAACUGCGAGUCCCUCAUGGACUACGGAUGGGGGAGAGCAGCAGCUGCCACAUACCUUGUUGGCUUUGUGAUCCUGGUCAUCUGCUUCGCCUUGGCAGUCAUAGCGUUCUCAGUGGAAAUACUCCGUUUCAACUUUGUGCGAGGAAUCGGAGGCUUGCUGUUUGUUGUCGCUGCAUUCCAAAUCAUAGGUUUGGUCAUCUACCCAGUGAAAUUCACAGAAGAAAUUCCUUUGACCGGAGCUAAUAUGUUCAGCUGGGCCUAUGGUUUUGGUUGGGCCAGCACUGUUGUUGUAAUCGGCUGUGCUUUCUUCUUCUGCUGCCUCCCCAAUUGGGAAGAUGAAGUCCUGGGAAAUAUCAAGCCCACCUACUACUACUCCUCCCCAGAGAAAACAUCAUACUUAAGAUGAAAGAAUUAAUUCAAGUACAUUGAACCAUCAAAGCAACAAAAGAGCUCCUCUGCUGUAAAUUUUGGUGUAGUUAUGAGAGACUUCUUGCUCCAAUUACUUCUUACUAGUACUGGUAAUGAAUUAGUUAAAAUAUUGGCAUCUUUAAGUAAAUAGCUUUUACCUAAAGUAUUAUUUACGUAUUAUCAUGUCAGUUCUGUUUGAGUGGGUUACUGGCUCCUUCCCCUCCUAACUAAUCGAGUCAUCCUUAAUUUAUUCAAACGUUCUCUUACAAAUAAAAAUGUAGUGUUUUGAGCACAGAAAGAAAGAGGAGAAAUUUUAAACAACUCAUUUAGGGGACCUACAUGUUAUUUUGUUUUAUUAUUCCACCUCUGACAAAAUUGUGUGAAACAGAAACAGAAGAAAUACCCUUCCAAAGAAUGCUUUUUCUUCCAUCAAAGUCAGUCCUAAGAAAGGAACUUCACUUGAGUGUAUUAUAGACACAUGGUGCCUAAGAAUGUCUUCUUAUUCCUGUUACUGGACUAUUGUUGACUAUCAACCAUUUGAACUAAGGGAAAUUAAAAUUAAAAUCUAUUUUUCCACCAAUUGUUGCUGUUGGAUGGAGCUCUCUGAAGCAUGGAGCUUAUAUGUAUAUAAUGAUGGCUAGUGUAAUACUGGUGUUUCUGUGGAGGCUGCAGGACUUGUGAUGGAGCCACAUAUAAUUUUAUAUAUGCUGUCCCAAAAAGAACCAGUAAGUCCUCAGAUGUUAAACUACAUGCAUUUUUUUUUUCAGUAUUCAAGAGAAGUUGGUUUAGAAAAUAUCUUAGAGUACAAACAUAUGCUGUUCUUUAUGCCCUUUACUCUCUUAAAACAGCCAUGUCUUAAUUAUCAGCCAUUUGGAGGGAAAUUUUAGCCUAAGGUGUCGAAAACCUCCAAAAGCUUCUAAAGCACACUCUAGCUGCUCCAGAGUUUAGUAAACUUAGGGGGCUUUUUUGAGUUACUAGGGAUAACAGGUAAAAACAGAAAAGCAAAAACAGUCCUGUGAGCAAUAUACAUGCGCAAACUUCGUAUAGACACGUAUCUCAAGGGUGGUUCUGGACCCUGUGAUUCAAAACAAGUAAUCCAGUGAGACAGCUUUGUCUUUAUUGGUCAUAGAGCUCCUGCAGCUUACAGCAGAUUUAAUUAUGAUCUAUAAUCUUUGUCAGAACUUUGGGUGGGGAAGAAGAAGGAAGAGUCUUGUCUGGGAAGCUCUUCCUCCAGCUGUGGGAGAAGUAGCUUCGGUAGAGAGAGGUUUCUAAAUGGGAUAUAGGCAUGGCGGGAAGUGAAUGCUGUCUGUUAUGCUGUGUAACAAGCAACUGGGAACUUAUUUCCUAUUAUCAUAAACCCAAUGCUUAGGAGAGAGAAAAUGUGUGAGUAUAUAUAUUUAUGCACAUGUGCAAAAUAAAGCUCAAUGAAACAUUAACCAGCAUACUGUAAAACUAAAGUACUUCAGAACUAAGCUUUUUCAAUGCCCGAUAUGUCUUGUAUUAUAUGUUGUAUGUGUUUCUGUUUUGUAACAACUUUUUUAAAUUGGUAAUGCUGUAUAUUGUAUGUGAUCCUGUUUUGGAAAGGUGAUAUGACUUCUCAAGGUACCUUCCAGGCCUGAAUUUUAUAACUUUUCAGAGUGUAAAAAUCUGCAUACUUCAGAGCUGUGUUACAAGCUCAAUGAUGGCAUAUACAAUCAACUGUAUUUAUGAUUCUUGCUGAAUAACAGAAGAAUCCUGUGACAGAUAUGUCUUUUUUUUUUUUCCUGUACAGUACUGGCUUGCUAGGUAUACUGUAUAGACUUACUAUAUUAUGAGUAACAAUAGUACUUAAAUUUCUAAUGAAUUCAAAAUGCAGAAGAGAAUUCCAAUUCUGGAAAAUCCUUGCACAACUAAAACUGAGAGGGAUAGAAGGCAAAAGAAAAUGGGCAUCCUUCCCAGUAAGAAGACGAAUGGUACAGUAAUAAUAUUUAGUAUAAAUUAAGUUUUUUGUAUGUUUUUUAUAAGCAUUGUCAUAGCUUGUCAAAAAGCAUAAAUGUAAAAUAAACUUGGUUCUGAAUAUACUGGAAGGGUAGAAGCAUAACCAAUUACGCAGUUAAGAUAUCUGGGAAAAAGCUAUUGCAAAUAGUCAUUAAUUACUCUCAAGUGAUGCUCAUGUCUGUGACACUCCUUUCAAACAUGGGGACUUAAUUAAAGCUGUUUUAAUUGAUGGUUGUAGAAA